AUGAGAGUCACUUCAUGCCUAGGUGGGGGAAGAGGAAAUUGUGGGACAAUGUUGUGUCGGUAUCUCCUUUCAUUGCCUCCGUUUCGUGUUGGCAACAGACUCAGUAACCGGGCUGAUUGCCCAUUCAUUCACUCUCCCACUCACUUAUCCAUUCAUACAGCCCCCACUGUCUCGCUUGCCCCUCUCUCCAGCUCUACCCCACUUGCCCGGUCGAGCUUUCUCCUGCUCGCGCAGUCAAUCACCUGCGGCAGACUUUCAUUCUUACUUGUUGUCUAUUCGCGCAAAUGUCCAACUGCCUAUUUACACACUCAAUUGUUCUUUACUCAAUCAUGCGGCCAAAAGUCAAGCAACUCCGGUGCCAUCUUUCCCGGCCACUCGCGAGGGUCAUUUGGGCGCCAAUUGAAUAAUCCUCUUCUAUCACCUCGCCAAAAUGGCGCCUUCACGCAAGCAAAAGUUACACUUUUUGUCAUGUCACUGACCGGGAAUCUGGUAUUGAAAGUGUUGGGUGAAAAGAUUCAAAGGUCGAUUCCACCUGAGGACGACGGCGAUUGGCUUUACUGGAAGAUUCAUGCUGACACUGUUUCCGAGGCAAUCUCUUUCGAUUCCGUGUUGGCUCGACCUCGUUUUGGCAACUUGGGCGGAGUGUCGGAGACCUUGUGGAACGUGUCCUCUGUCGCAAUAUCGUUCUGGCAUCACUCCCCACCCCUAUUUUCUGUUCUACCUUCUAGUGCUGCAUCUCUUUCUCUCAACCUCACUUCACGUGGCUCAUCUACCUAUUCAUACACUUAUGUGCUUUCGCUUGCACAAAUGUCGCCUAAGAGGGUAUCGCUACAAGUGGGUUUAAUGAAGCGUAAUCACCUUCACAACCGGUACCAGGUGCCAUUUGCAGGGCUGCUGACCUCUAUUCUGUCUCCCUUUCUCCUACCCCGCUUGUCAAUUGGCCGCUGCUAA